UGUCACCAAGAAAAAUGCACUGUGUAUUCACAGCCUUGCGUGGAGCAGAGCUGUUCUAUCAGAAAUCCACCUUUGUGUUUUAAUUGUUUUCCUCCAGGGUCAUUAGGUACCAUGUGUGCCACAGAGUUAAAGGAGCAUUGUCCCAUCAUCUGGCGGUGUUCUCAUGUGCCUGCUUCCCCUUGCCCCUCAGAGUUGGGACCAAGCUUGAGUUGCCAUGCUGUGGAAAUGUGGACACCAACACACUGGGACGAAUGACUCUAAUGAUUUGUCCUUCUGUUUCUGUCCUUCUGGCAGAGUCCGAUGGGAAUCUGGCUACUCGUCGUGUGGUGAAUGGGAUACUGGGACAGUCAGUCACUUUACCAGGAAAUCUGCCAGGAGAAAGCAUUUCAUUCAUUACUUGGGACUACACAAAUCCAUCUGAUCAAGAGGUGGUUCAAUUAUGUGUGAAUUAUGAAAUCAGCCCAACAACUUGUAACAGAAAGAGGAUGACAUUAAACCUGAAGGAUUAUAGCCUGGAAAUACAAAACCUAACAGACAGUGAUGAAGGUCUGUAUGAAAUAAGUGCAAGGACCAAUACAAAGCUCCAUAAAGAGGUGAUGGAACUACGAAUUUAUGAACCUGUAUCAACACCAGUAAUAAAUAUCAGCAAGUUCCUCACAGAUGAGGUAUGUAACAUCAGUUUGCACUGUUUACUGGAGCGUGGCUUGGAGCCAGUUUACACUUGGUGGACAGGAGGUGAUGAGGUCACGGCUGAUGAGUCACAUGUACUGACUGAUGGAGGGAGAAGACUGGAAUUGUCCUUAAGGCCGAGUGAUAACAGAGUGUACAACUGCACAGUGAGGAACCCUGUCAGUGAGGCAACUACGAGUGUGGAUCUUAGAAAGCUCUGUCCCGUCACUGAAGGUGAGAAGCUACUGAAGCCACUCCACAUUCGUUUAAUUAUUACCAUUGUUCUGAUAGCUUCCAUCACAAUUAUGGUUUUCACUUUGUAUUGGAAGAGAGAACUCAAGUUCAAUAAAGAGAGAAUCGGGAACCUUGCCGGAGAUUUCAACAGUCAACUAAAAGCCAAAGUGGUGUCAUUUAUUGCCUUCUCUGUUGCAAUUGAUGAGAGCAUCGACCUGACUGAAGGAGCUCAAUUGGGAAUAUUUAUUCGUGGAGUUGAUGCAUCUUUGACCGUCACCGAGGAGUUUGUGGAGAUGUUGCCCAUGACAAACACCACAACGGCGAACGACGUUUUCUCCAGCCUCGUCGAGGCCUUGGACAGACUGGAGUUUGACUGGAGUCACGUUGGCAGCGUGGCAACAGAUGGCGCACCGUCCAUGGGCGGGAAAUGUCAGGUGUUCUUGCGAAACUCAGAGAGGAAGUUCAGGCAGAGAAUCCAGAGCAGGAAUUCGGGAAUUUUCAUUGUAUUAUACACCAAGAGGCGUGAUGUAGCAGGCGCCUGA